GAAGAACAUAACGUGGUAUUCAGAACGUCAGUUAACAGAGAUCUCUCUGGGUAGUCUACUCAUCCUGGUGGUCAUACGCACCAUCCAGUACAACAUGACACGGACCAGGGAUAAGUACCUGCACACCAACUGCCUGGCAGCCCUGGCCAAUAUGUCAGCCCAGUUCCGCUGCUUACACCAGUACGCUGCCCAGCGCAUCAUCAGUCUAUUUGCACUGCUGUCCAAGAAGCACAACAAGGUCUUGGAGCAGGCAACCCAGUCUCUGAGAGGUCCCCGGGGGGCAGACGACAGCUCUGUACUGCCUGACUACGUGAGUACUGCAGCUACUGAUUUGGUCGUUGAAAAAUCGAGGCUUAUCCCAGUUAUCUUUUGAUUCAAUGGUGGGACU